CCCGCUGUGAUGAUGUGGUUUGUGACUGCGACUUCCGCAUAGGUGUUUCUGUGACUUGAAGUAAAGUUGGACAAUGAAGAUUUAAUGUUUUUCCCCGUAAUUCAAGACGACACCCAUUCAUAUCUGUUCCACUUUAUGAAGUCAGAGGCCGGUUAAUUUUUGAGGCUUGUUUUUGUUUGAGAGAACAGCACAGUUUAACCACAAAUUGGUGACAGCUUCCCUGCAGUGCUCUGUUGACUGGGAUAUGAAGAAUGGAUUGCUGUAUAUGUGAAUUGUUACAGUGUGUGCUGUUCCUGGCCCUCAUCGCCAUAUUUGUGGUUGUUGUAAUUGCUCAUGUCACUGCCAAGAUGGUAGAUCAUACUCGACAUGAGAAGGAGAAAUAUUUCUUUACUGCGGGGGGCAAAAAGGAGUCAUUCCCCAGUCUGUUAGACCCUCACUCACUGGAGCUGUCUGUGGUGGUACCUUCAUACAACGAGGAACUCAGAUUGCCUGUCAUGAUGGAUGAAGCUAUGGAAUACCUGGAGAAAAGACAGAAGAAAAAUCCAUCAUUCACCUAUGAGGUUAUUGUAGUAGAUGAUGGCAGCAAAGAUAAAACUACAGAGGUUGCCAUGGGAUACACAAGGAAGUACGGAGCAGAAAAAGUGCGAGUGUUGACGUUUGUAAAGAACCGUGGAAAAGGCGGUGCAGUAAGAAUGGGAGUUCUAAGCUGCCGCGGACGCCUGAUUCUUAUGGCCGACGCGGAUGGAGCCACCAAGUUUGCCGACCUUGAAAAAGUGGAAGCCAGUCUUCAAAGCAUCAGCCCCAAGCCUGAGAACAUGGCGAUCUCCUGUGGAUCCAGAGCUCACCUGGAAAAAGAAUCAGUGGCUGAACGCUCUAUGUUCCGGACGUUCCUGAUGUAUGGAUUCCAUUUCCUGGUGUGGUUCUUUUGUGUGAGGGGCAUUAAAGACACACAGUGCGGUUUUAAGCUCUUCACCCGUGAAGCAGCCUUAAAAACCUUCUCCAGCCUGCACGUGGAACGCUGGGCAUUUGAUGUUGAACUCUUGUAUAUCGCUCAGUGUUUUAAAAUCCCAAUAGCAGAAGUGGCCGUUAACUGGACAGAGAUUGAAGGGUCAAAGCUGGUGCCGUUUUGGAGUUGGCUGCAGAUGGGAAGGGAUCUCAUCUUUAUCAGGCUGCGUUAUCUCACCGGUGCCUGGAAACUGGGGUCUGACCGAAAAACCCAGUAGUCCUGUUACUGCUCGUGUGCUGUUUAGUGUUUAUGAGCUGAAUGUGGCUUGUGAGGGCAGAUUUUGAACAUACAGUCCUUUGCCACAAAUGAAAUGUGUGCAAUCAGCGUCAACAUUUUAUUAUUAUUACUGACUGUGCAGUGACCACAUAAGGGGGUCGUAAGUGUAUUUUUUAUGUCAUGAUGUUUUUUAUGUCAGGUUUUGAUUUGAAAAGGGCAAAUGGUUCUUAUAAAUGACCAAGUAAUAAAAGUUAAUAUUUGAAA